UAAAAUGACUUUGAAAUUGAUUGUUGCGCUGGAAAGCACAGCACACGUGAAGCUGGAAGCCUGACGGCAGGUUUGUGGGACUCUCUGGAUCCGAAGAACUAGAAGAAAAGUAUCGUGCGGCUCAGACACACAUCCUGACGGGUCAAGCAAAGGUCAAAACUUUUGAAAUUACAGUGGACUAUCGGUUUAUCAGCAAGGGCGACGAACACUGACAUUUAAAGAGGUGUCGAGCUGGUAACACCCACCACGCUUCCCAGGCUCAGUCAUCAGGGGUUCAGUCCUUCAAGAGGAACCUGCUUCACUCACCAACACAAUCCCAGUUGAGGCAAAGCGUGGGUCGCAAACAGGGACCAUGAGAUCCGGAUAGUUUUUUUUUUCCCCUUGCAGCGUUUGCCAUGCCAGACACGAGCAUCCUAUAAUUUGGAAAGAUUCUUCUGACUUCGGGAAGUCUGAUAAACGUAAAUUGCAUUAGACAGUCAGAUGAUUCAAGUGGACGCAUAUUAGACAGGCUGUAUGAAGUAAAUGCGCUGGUCUUUUAUUUAAGUGAACUCGUGCUAAAAAGGAAGCGAUCAGAAACUCUUCACAGGACAUACUCUUAUCAUCACAACGGAUUACCGAGAUCAGUCGUAUUAAACCGGAUACACAAAAGGAAUUAAAUCACCCAGAUUGCUUCCUCGUUGGAUUAGAUCACAGUUUGCUCUAAGCAUCAACAAAAGUGUCAUAUGCUGAUGGCUCAACGGUACGAAGACCUUGCCCACUAUGGCGGCGGGAUGGAUGGAGUUGGGGUUCCGACGUCGAUGUACGGGGACCCGCACGCGCCUCGGCCCCUGCCGCAGGUUCAUCAUUUGAAUCACGGUCCACCACCACAUGCCAACCAACACUACGGGGCCCACGCACCGCACAGCAUCAUGCCCAGCAGCAUGGGCUCAGCUGUCAACGACGCACUUAAAAGAGACAAGGACCAAAUUUACGGGCACCCGUUAUUCCCGCUGCUGGCGCUGGUGUUUGAGAAGUGCGAGCUGGCCACAUGCACACCGAGAGAGCCGGGAGUCGCUGGAGGAGAUGUGUGUUCGUCUGAUUCAUUUAACGAGGACAUCGCUGUGUUUGCCAAACAGAUUCGUGCAGAGAAGCCGUUAUUUUCCUCUAAUCCAGAGCUGGAUAAUUUGAUGAUUCAAUCAAUACAAGUAUUACGAUUCCAUCUUUUAGAACUCGAAAAGGUGCACGAGCUUUGCGACAAUUUCUGCCAUCGGUAUAUUAGCUGUUUGAAGGGUAAAAUGCCAAUUGACCUAGUAAUUGAUGAACGGGAUGGAUGCAAAUCCGACUUCGACGACCUCUCAGGAUCAUCAACAAAUCUCGCAGAUCACAAUCCAGCAUCCUGGAGAGACAUGGACGACGCUCACUCCACUCCUUCAGUCGGCACCCCGGGACCCUCCAGCGGAGGACAUGCCUCCCAGAGCGGAGACAACAGCAGUGAACUAGGAGAUGGCUUGGAUAACAGCUUGGCAUCUCCGGGAACUGGGGAUGAGGACGAUCAGGACAAGAAACGGCAGAAGAAAAGAGGAAUCUUCCCCAAAGUGGCGACCAACAUCAUGCGGGCAUGGCUCUUCCAACAUCUCACGCACCCCUACCCAUCUGAAGAGCAGAAGAAGCAGCUAGCACAAGACACAGGCCUCACCAUCUUACAAGUGAAUAACUGGUUUAUCAAUGCUCGAAGAAGAAUCGUGCAGCCCAUGAUUGAUCAGUCUAACAGAGCAGUAAGUCAAGGAACCGCUUACAGCCCUGAUGGUCAGCCUAUGGGCGGCUUUGUGCUAGACGGCCAACAACACAUGGGUCUUCGGCCUGGCGGUCCCAUGGGAGGAAUGGGUAUGAACAUGGGUAUGGAUGGACAGUGGCACUACAUGUAAACGCCUCCCCGCUUCCCAAACCAUAAACGUUUUGAUGGUGACCUCAGGAAUAGUCCCAGUGCUGGCCAGAGUCAUGAGGAGUCACGUCACACUCAUCCUCACCUGAUCACUGAUCAUCUCCAUUCGUCACGAGACCUCUCACGGACCCCUCAUCACCUGGCCAUCAGAAUCUCCAGCCAAAGGACUUCCUGCAGGAACACCAACAGAACAAAAUACAGACUUGAAGCAUUUGUGCCAAAAGAGAGACUUCUGAAAAGACAAUUGGAGAUCUUUUCCUUUUAAAUUAUUUAUUUAUUCUUGUUAUAUCGUCAAGAAGCACGGGGGGACCACACCAUUUGUGCACUUUGCUCAACCAUAGAGUGGCGGUCCCAGAAGAAAAUACUCCAUACCUCCACAUGCACAAGCGCACACACACUCAUAUUAAAUGCAUUUACCGGUGGAAUAUAGUAAAAGAUGCUAAAAGCCCUCAAGAACUGAACUGUGAGUGUACAAUGACAUUUAGUUUUUUCUUUUGGGAAAUGUUCAAUGUUUGAGUUUGUGUCAUUGACUAGUUUUAGACCUUUGCAUUUAUGAUUCUCCACAGUUUGAAGGAAAUGAAACCACUGGUGGGAUCACUGUAGCACACAUCUGACACAAAUUCCAGUAUCUGAAACCACAAAGUCUUCCCCACAUGAGACGUUUUGAAAAGCAUCGCUGAAGAAAUGAGCUGUGCGUUAUUUUGUUGAAUUGGAGAGCAACAGUGCUCUUGUAAGGCUAAGUAUGCCUGGAGGAGUUUUUAAAACCACUAGAGAUGUUCCAUUGUACAUAAUUAUGUAAAUGUUAUUUGUAAAACGCAUCAAUGUCAAAUAGACAUUCAGUCGAGAUCCUUUAAAAAAUGAAGAUGGGAUAUUGUUGUACAUUUUGGUCCGUUUUCACUCUUGCUUUUCUCUAUGGAAAAAAGUCGAUUAUAUGUUUGUUGAUGUACUGAUACGUUUGAUCGAUUCUCCCGCUCUGUCCAUUUUUCCUUUUAGGAGUCUUUUAAAGCAGUAUUUCUACACAGUCAAAAGUCGAAUUCUUGUAAUAAAGGCUUCAUUUUCGAAACGUUAAA